GCACGAGGCGCACCGUUAGGGCUCACGGAUGCAGUGGGAGACGUUUUUUUUUUUUUUUUUAAAUUAACUAAUUCCCUUUAUUUUAUAACUCAUGAUCACUUUAAAACGUCCUCUACGGAUUUAAUGUUCUCGCUUCUGACAGUUUUUUUCGGUAAACGGAGACAUUUUUUAUUUCAUAACGGCACCCUGGUUAUCCUGAUUUUUUGUGGAAAAAUAGGAAGCUAAAACAAACAGUUUUAAAACAAACCGCUGCUUCUUUAACCCCCGUUCUCGCUCGCGGUUUUGGCUGUGAUGGACCGGCGGCCCCCGCAGCAGUUAAUCCGGAGCGGCGGCGAGAGUGCGCGAGCUCACCGGAAACGAUCGAGGAUGUACCUGCUCCAAUAGAUAAAACGGUGUGGUGUGGUGAGAGAGGAGCACAGAGAGGCGAGUUGGAGUUGAUCAGGAGUGAGAGAGUCGUCCCCGGGAUGAUGGAGACGAGGUGGAGGUCCACAUGGCUGUUGCAGCUCAUCCUCCUGGUCAUCGUGGUGAUAUUGUCAUGCCGACCAGCGUGCGGUGGUAGUACCCGGACUCUAAGGGCGAGCACAGGUCACUACCAGGUAAAGCAGGGUACCUGCGAGGUCGUGGCGCUCCAUCGCUGCUGCAAUAAGAACCGGAUCGAGGAGCGCUCGCAGACCGUCAAGUGCUCCUGUUUCCCUGGACAGGUUGCAGGAACGACCCGCGCUCAGCCGUCCUGCGUGGAGGCGUCCAUCGUCCUGCAGAAAUGGUGGUGUCAGAUGCACCCGUGUCUGGAUGGAGAGGAGUGUAAGGUUCUGCCCGACCUCACGGGAUGGUCCUGCAGCACGGGCAACAAAGUCAAAACCACCAAGGUCACGCGAUAGCGAGAACACGGCUGCCCCCCUCGGCUCCAGGAGACCUAAGACUCUUUAACGCUGGUUUCUAUUCUGGGAAAAGUAGCCCAAAUACACUGGAUAUCACCCAGAAUGGGAAUUUAGCACGCAGUGGAUGGAUACGGACAGAUGGAUGGAUGGUUGAAUUGGAUAUACAGUACCAUAUUCAAAACGAAAAGACAGAAUGAUGGAGCAAAUCUAUUUAUACGAAGAAGAACAUAAAUCUAUAUAAAUAUACAGUGGCGCAGGAUGUAGGCGGAGACUUCCAUUAACUGAACUCUUGAACU